CUCUUCUUCAUUGCUGCCUCAGCAUCAGAGAUUGCAGAUCCAAUUGAGGAUUUUAUAUAUAUAUAAAUUAUACAUAUAUAAUUUUUUGUGCAAGGGAGCCCUCACUAGCAGAGAGGAGAAAGAGAAGAAGGGGAGACAUUGGCCACCCUCCAAGCAUCUUGUGAACCUGGGAGGAAAAAAGACACCCUCAAAAGGUCAAGAUGGACAAAAUCCUUGAAGCCAUCAUGAUGUCGUCUUACCCCGACCACAUGAAACAAGGUUUAGUGCGGCGUGUCAUCGAGGCUUCAAAACAGUCCAUGGACAGUGAACAAUGUUGGGUGAUGCUUGAGCUCUCUACUAAACUCUUCCUCGUAGGCGAUACCAAGUUCAAGAGGUCAGUCGGCAAAGAUGUUCUGGAAGUUUAUGGCCUUUACCACCGGGAAGUCUUUGAGGAGUUCUUCAAUGUCCGUUUCCUCUUAAGCCUCCUCCAGGAGGGCUAUGGACCUCUUGGCAAAACAAGCCUCUAUGUGUUUGAUUAUAUCCACCUUGGGUUGGCCUUUGUUUUGGAUAGCCCAUCAGCUAAUGAUAUUUUCAGCUUGCUGAGAACCGAAGUUCUCCGAAAGGUCUGCGAGAGGCCGGGCCUCAAGCAGUGUGUGAAAAUCAGCAAACUCUUAAUUCAGUAUCCUCAGUGUAUUCCCACAGGCAAACGGCAAGCUCUUUUCUGCCAGCAGCUCAUCCGAUGCAUUGGGCAAUUCCGAACCACAUCGGGAAGAGAAGAGGCCAUUGUGGACUUCCUAGACCAUGUGAUCAAAGUUGGCCUUUUGCUGCAGAAAAUAUGGAAGACACAGGUGUCCUCAAUUCUCCCCUCCUUGAAAGAACUCUUCGCAAUCAUUUCAUCAUCUGAAGAUCAAGAUCCACCAUCUAUUGCCUUAGCCAGUGUGGUCCAGUAUGUUCCCCUGGAACUCAUGGAUGGGAUCCUAAGAAACCUCACCAAUGAUGACAGCAUAACAGAUGUUCAGAUGAUGAUGGCAAUUGGCAGGAUGAUUGAAUGGGUCUCGUGGCCUCUGGGGAAGAAUAUAGACAAGUGGAUCAUUGCUUUGCUCAAGGGGUUGGCUGCGGUGAAGAAGUUCAGCAUCUUGAUAGAAGUCACACUUUCCAAAAUUGAAAGGGUGUUUUCCAAGCUGUUAUAUCCUAUCCUGAGGGAGGGAGCACUUUCUAUUCUACGUUACAUGCUCCUCAGCUUCCAGCAUUCCCAUGAAGCAUUUCACUUGCUUCUCCCGCACAUUCCCAGAGUGGUGGCCGCCCUCAACAAGGAAAACUCCAAUUCUGCGGCAAGCUGCUUGGAACAGCUGGCUGAGCUCAUCCACUGCAUGUUCUUCCGUUUCUCGGGAUUCCCAGACCUCUACGAACCUGUCGUGGAGGCAAUCAAAGCUCUUCCAAUUCCAAAUGAAGACCGGAUAAAACACUUGCUUGGACAAAAUGCUUGGACCUCACAGAAGAACGAAUUAGCCUGUUUUUACCCUCGUCUGGCUUCCAAAUCUGAAACAGGGAAAAUAGGAUUGAUCAACUUGGGGAACACCUGCUAUAUGAACAGCAUCAUCCAAGCACUCUUCAUGGCCUCAGACUUCAGGCAUUCCGUGAUGAAUUUAGCAGAGAACAAUUCCCAGCCCUUGAUGGCGAAGCUUCAGUGGUUGUUUGCCUUUCUAGAGCACAGUCAGCGGCCUGCCAUCUCACCUGAAAGCUUUUUCUUGGCAUCAUGGCCUCCCUGGUUCACAAGGGGAGCACAACAAGACUGUUCCGAAUACUUGAAGUACCUACUUGAUCGGCUGCAUGAAGAAGAGAGAACGGGAAGAAGAAUUUACCAGACUCUCAAAGGGUCCACACUGACACCUCAGGCUGACCAACUGCAUUCUCUGAACAAGACUCUAGUUGAAAAGAUGUUUGGAGGCAAAAUUAAGACAAAAAUUCGUUGUCUGAAGUGCCUAAAAGUCUCUUCCAGGGAAGAGGCCUUCACAGACCUUUCCUUGGCAUUUCCACCAGCAGAUAAGCAUGUGCCUACACCUGUUGGCAGUGCCUCAUUUUUACCUGUGGAAGAAAUGGGCCCACAGACCACUCAUCCCAUCACAGAAGCUCAGUCUAGGCUGAGUGAUUCACCAAGGAGGUUGGAGAAGUUUACUGUGCCUGGAAUAAUCUCCUCCAAAACGUUGCCAGUUGAAACUUUGAGACCAGAAGGACAAGAGAUAACUUUCCCUUUGGGAUCUGACUGGGAUGCUGCUGGUGCAAAGCCCAAAGAAGACUCAACGUUGGCCAUGAAGGAGCAGGUUUGUGGUCCUGAGCCUUCCAGAUCAGUCCCUGAUUUGAUCAAUUAUUUCUUAUCGCCUGAGAUGCUGACAGCGGAGAACCGUUAUCACUGUGAAAACUGUGCCUCCCUUCAGGAUGCAGAGAAGCUGGCUGAACUGACAGAGGGACCGCACUACCUCAUCCUCACUUUGUUGAGGUUCUCCUUUGACCUGAGAGUCAUGCGGAGAAAGAAGAUCCUUGACAACAUCUCCGUCCCCUUGGUGUUGAAGCUGCCAGUUCUGACACCCUCCGAAGAACUGUGUGACACUGAUCCCAUGAGGAACGGUGGGCAUGCUUCAUCAUGCAAGCGCUUUGCUUCGGUGGUGUACGAUCUUUGCAGCGUGGUGGUACAUUCUGGGGUCUCCUCGGAGAGCGGCCAUUACUAUUGUUACGCCAGGGAAUGCGAGGACACCAUCACCAAACGUGACCCAAAGGAGGCUUCUUGGAGCAUUGUCUCAGAGAAACCUCCAGACCUCGCAAUUCAGUGGUAUCUUUUCAAUGACACCAGAGUUUCCUUCUCAUCAUUUGAGUCAGUUAGCAAUGUCACCUCCUUCUUACCCAAGGACACAGCUUAUCUGCUCUUUUAUCGACAGAGGACCAUGCAGUCCGUAAACGUGAAGUCUGAGGCAGCUGUAGAAUCUGGCUGGGUGAAUGGAGAUUUGCACUCUCCAGACAAAAGCCUGAUGGAAGCCAUUGCAAAGGAUAACAUCCUCUUUCUGCAGGAACAGGAAAAGGAAGCCCGAAGCAGAAGUGCCUACAUUUCAGCCUUGCCCAAAUCCCCUCUGUGGUGGAAGGACUUCAAUGGGGACGAUGAUGAUGGUGCCUCAGGGGGCUGUGGGCAUGACCCUGGUGGAGGAAGCUCAGGUUCUUUUCACGGACUCGUCUUCUAGAAGGGCCAUUUUGCCCAGGCCAAAUGGCUAAUGCUGUAACCAUCAAACAUGUCUCUUCAGCGUUCAGUUCUCUUGCCUAUGAAUUCUUAGCAACAGAACGAGGCCCACAAUGACCAGACAGAGCACUACCAAAAAAGAAAAAAAAGUAUUCAACUAUUAUCCUCCAUAUCUCCAUGGAAAGCUGGGAACUAUCGUUUUCUUGGGGCAAGGUAGCAAACAGGUCAUUCUCAGUCUCCUCACAGAAUCACAAUUCCUGCAAACUGCAAGGGGAAGCUAUAGCAGUGUUCAGCAUAGUUUGUAGUGUACUGAAAAUCACAUGCACACACACACACAACUUCCGCUGUCUUUGUAGAAAUGUGGGGAAUCAUGAAAUGCAGUUAGAGAAAACAAUGCUGCAAGUUGGACUUAAUCUGUGACUCAAAGAAAUUGGCACCAUUGUGGACUCUUGUUGCAUGAUGCCUUUUUGAAGCAAAGCAUUUGGGUGGGUGUUGAAUCUUUAUGCUGAGUUGCAUCAUUGUUGUCACGUGAGGGGUCUUUUUAGUGGGUUUAAAACAUUAUACAGAUUUUUUAAGCUAAAAGGCCAAAGUUGUCUAUUCUCAUGUCCAGUGGCAUCACUAAGGUUGGUGUUAUCCUAGUGUGGUAACUUAUUGUCGCUCCCAGGCAGGUGGCGAUACCAGGGGAGACAACAUGGAACAUGGGAGAGAGUGAGAGAAGGAGAAAUGGCAGCAGGCUGGAGGGGUGCUCACCAUCCAACUUCCCCUUCCUGACUGCCUUUCUGCAUUUCCCAUACCAGCCAAGUUGCCUGGCACACACCCCAGAUGCCCCUCUCCAUCAGCCAGAGCGCAUCUGCCCACUGCUGGCACCUAGCAACUCCUUCUGGGUCUGGCUGGGAGGCUACUUGCUGGGCAGGAAAGAGAGGAGAAGGAAUCCAUGGCUGCCUCUCUGCUGACACCAUUGUCUCCCUUUCCUGCCUGACCAGCCAUGGUGCCUCCACCAUCUGCCCACUGCUGUUGCCUGCCAAGCUCUGGUCAGACAGAAAAGAGAGAAGAGAAGGAAUCCAUGACUGCACAAUGCUGCUGCUGCUGCCAUUGCCUUCCUUUACCGCCUGGCCAGCAGCCUCGCCAGACCCGGUUCCUGAGUGGAGGAACACCAUUCCCAGAUGGCUGGCACGCCACUGCCUUGUGCCGGGCAAUUCAGCAGGAGGGAAGAAAGGGCUAGGUAGUCUGCUGGGGCCCCUGGUGGAAGUAGGUUACUUCUGCCACCUGGAAUCCCUGUCUGGGUCUGGCGGGGGCUACUGGCUGGGCAGAAAAGGGAGCAGAAGGAAAGGAAUCCAUGGCUGGCCCUGCCGCUGACACCUUUGCCUUCCUUUCCUGUCUGGCCAGCAGUCUUGCCAGGCUGAGAAGGCACUUCUAGGUGGCAGAAUGGCUUUCUGAGAUGGCACCAUUGCCAUGCCCUGUGUUUACUUCUGGGGCAGGGAACACAUGGCAUAAGGAGUGAAGGAAAAACAAGGUAGUCUACUGCGCCCCCUGAUAGUGUGAGGUGCUUCUGCCACCUGGAAGCCUCUUCUAGAUAUGGUGUGGCUGCUGUGCAGGAGGGAAUGGGAGGUGCUGGCAGUAGGAAGGAGUCUGUGAAUGCUGCCACUGCUGGCAUCUUGCCUAGCCAGCUGACAGACCAGGAAGGGGCUGCUGGGCAACAGCAACACCCUACCCAUACCAGUGGCCACAGCAGUCAGAUGACAGAAGGAGUCUAGCUGGUGGAGGGGGAUGGCCAGGGGUCUUGGGACAGACAGUGAGUGACCACCUCGCUAGGUGUUCACCGCUCUCUGUGGUGGUACGCAAUGUGGUUGAUACCUCUUACCCCUUGCAUCCAUUAGGGAUGCCCCUGGUCAGGUCUUACUUUAGAUUGGGUUGGAUAAAAUCCAUCCUUUCAUAUGCUGGAGUGUAACUCCCACUUUGGACACAUGCUUGCCUAUAACUCCAUGCUAUUGACUAUGCUGGCUAGGACUCAUGGAGGCUGCAGUCCAUUUCCAUCUGGUGUGGCAACACUGCCCACCUCUGCCUUUACAGAGUGAGGUAAGAUUAUUAAACAUUAC